AGUGUGCCUGUGUAUGGGUGUGUUAGUAUUACUACUCUGGGCAGGACAGUAGGGCUGCGAGUUGGGAAAAAGGCUAGCAUAAAAUUUUGUCUGUCAACCACCGUCCGACCGACCGAGCGAUUGACUUUCUCGCAAGUCAACGGCAAGAACAAAGCAGCUUCGAUCAGAACGCCCCUGUCCAACCCCCAACACUCCUUCUCUCCGCCCCCAUUACCCGGGAUCGACUUGGGAGGACGUCGUAGUAGCGGGUGUAGGGUAGAUGCGACUUCGACCCCGUUUGGCUUCGCUUGGAGACAUUUCGGGGUGAAAACAUUGUACGGUGUGCGUCUUCCUAAUUUGCCAGUGUGUUUUUGUUUUUGACAGCCAAUCGCUGAGGGUGAACCCUACGGUUGUGUGUGUUUGUGCGUUUGAAGUUGCUUGCGGUGAAAAGUGUGUCGGAAAGGCUUUUUGGUUGUCGCUACAGCCUUGCUCACGGUUCUCGGGAACACACCUGCGAUACACCUGUACGGUGACGAGGCGCGCGUACCAACGCACACGGUCCUGUGUCCUGUUGCUUCUGUUCGGAACGCGUCAAACGCGUCGGAGUAUCAACACGGCUUGUCCUACUUAUCCGCAACAGUGCAACGAAAAUAGUGAACCCUCACCUCCUAUCUGAGCACCCGUUUAUCUGUUCUUUGUGGCUGUGAACAAUGUAUUUGUCAAUCGUGAUGUCGGUCGGUGCAGGAAAAUGGUACGCGAUUUACUUUUUACGAGGAAAAGUGUGUCGAUAAAUAGGUGCCAGGCCGGUGCUGAAGUGCCCCGUUUGUCCUUAGCAAAGUGUAAGAAUCUUGCCUCAACCGGAAGUAUAUCAGGCAGAAAUUCAAUCCAUCACUGAUAGUGGCUAUAAGUGUUUGGAGUCUUGCAAUGCGUGUUAUAUGGUGGUGGUACAACAAAAAUAUCCUUUACAUCAGGUACACACUAGUUAGCAAAAUAGUAAAAUUGAUGAACGCUUGUAGUAUUAUUGGGGAAGAAGGAACCCUCAAAGCAAUCCCACCAUCGUUACCAACCGACACCGAUCCUCCGGUUGCUACAGUCGGCGGAAAAUUGCCCGAGCGAGCGAGCGUGGAAAAUGUGUGCAAGAACGAGAUCAACGAAGCGAGAGAGCGAGAGCGUUGAGAGAAAGAGCGCCAGCCAAGAUGGACGGUGGUGUGCGUGUUUCUAAGACGCGCUACGAUAACGCGCGAAGACAACGGGCAACGUUGCGCUAAGACGGCGAAGAGCCGAGAGCCAAAAACUAGGUCAAAACAGAGAGACAGAGAGUAGAAGCAAGCGUAAUACGGACGUGUACGUGUACGGAGGAACUUUUUGGACACAACAUUGAGCGCGCAAAUGUUCAGGACGUGCUGCUGCGAUGCAAAAGUGGCCGACUAGCCGGUAGCGAACCGAAACCGUUUAGUGUAGUUUGUGUGUGUGUGUGUGUGUUUGCCGUCGCCCCGGUUCCUGCUGUUCUUCUGAUGUACCAACCAACGUACGAUGACAGUGAUAAAGUAAUUCGGUAAUCGCAGUUGGCGUCGGACAGUGGUAUAUCCCUGAUCGUCGUCCUUAAAUUCCUUUCUCGUACGUGUGUGUGUGUUCGCUUUCACGUGCUGGAAGCUGUGCAAAAUUGUGGGUUAGUGUUAAAAUGGCUGUGCAUCGUUGUUUGCUGGCUUAAAGGGGUUAAUCGCCGAAGGAGUCUGACCCAGCUCGGGGAACACGAUCUUGCGAGAAGCGGGGAAGCUGGUGUAAACAAAAUUAAGCUUCCAGCAUAGUCAGCUACCAACCAACCCUCGCCCGCCCUCCCCCUUCCCACUAGAAAGCGGAUCCUCGCCCCGUCCCACCAGGAACCGGAAACUGUCGGUAUGGCUGCCGCCGUUCAGGGAAGUCCGCGUACGGGCGACGAAUCGUCGGAGAGUGAGAAUGAAACUGAACCGGCCAAAAUAUUCCACCGGAAAUUGUCUACCAAGAAGGACGUCAAAUCAGCGACUGCCACCAAGGAAGGUUACCUGAUGAAACAAACGUGGUCAUUCCAGCGAUGGCGCAGAAGGUACUUUCGACUGAAGGGUCACAAGCUGUACUACGCCAAGGACAGCAAGAGUGAUCUGUUCGAUGAAAUCGACCUCUCCAACCUGUGCUUUGCCGAGUGCAGUACGAAGAAUGCGAACCAUAGCUUCCAGUUAAUUACACCUACCCGAUCGCUAGUGCUGUGUGCAGAAUCACGCCGAGAGAUGGAGGAUUGGCUGCAGGCUUUGAAAGCUGCUUCGGCACGCGAAUUUUUCGAACCAGGACCACCGGACCAGCACGAUUUCCUUUCCGGUCAUCAUCAUUGGUACGCAACAUCGCAUGCCCGACCAACGUACUGCAACGUGUGCCGGGAGGCACUGUCUGGCGUCACUUCCCACGGACUGUCCUGCGAGGUGUGCAAAUGCAAAGUUCACAAACGGUGCGCUGCAAAGGCCAUAUCAAACUGCAAAUGGACAACGCUCGCGAGCGUCGGCAAGGACAUCAUCGAGGACUGCGAUGGGAACAUCGUGAUGCCCCACCAGUGGAUGGAGGGCAAUCUGCCCGUUUCGGCCAAGUGUCUCGUGUGUGACAAGACGUGCGGCUCGGUCCUGCGUCUGCAGGACUGGCGUUGUCUCUGGUGUCGCUCAACGGUGCACACGGCAUGCCGGCCCCAGGCUCCAAACUCAUGCCCCCUAGGACCGGCCCGCGUAUCCAUGGUGCCGCCGACCUCGCUCCAUUCGAUCGGGCUGGACGAGGCGUGGGACGUGUGUAAGCCGCACGGUAGCUUCUCGCCCCUGCUCGUGUUCGUCAACUCCAAGUCGGGCGACAACCAGGGAGUGAAGUUUCUGCGUCGCUUCAAGCAACUGCUGAAUCCGGCCCAAGUAUUUGAUCUCAUCUCGAGCGGUCCCGGCCUCGGGCUACGUCUGUUUCGCCAUUUUGAUCCAUUCCGUAUACUGAUCUGUUCUGGGGACGGGUCGGUCGGUUGGGUCCUUAGCGAGAUAGACCAUCUAAACAUGCAGAAACAAUGCCAAAUAGCAGUGCUUCCGCUCGGAACGGGAAACGAUCUGGCACGGGUCCUCGGCUGGGGAAGCUCCUGCGAUGAUGACGCACACCUGCCGCAGCUGUUGGAGCGGUACGAGAAGGCCAGCACAAAGAUGCUUGACAGAUGGAGCGUAAUGGUUUUCGAGCGAGAUAUUGGCAUCGCGACCACGCGUACCCCGAAGAUGUCGAUCUCGCACUACGCGGAUCCGCUGCUGUCCCAGUACGAAGACAGCGCGCUGUGGCAUCUGCAGUCAAUUGUCUACAACGAAGACACGCAAAUGAUGAUACAAUCGACGAGAAUCCUAUGCGAAACGGUCAAUGACUUUAUUGCUAGAGUAAGAGAAACCAGCUCCGACGAAGAGCAAUUAAGCGUCAAAUGUGAUAUUUUAAGACAAAAGUUAGGAAUGUUAUUAGAUACACUGAAGGAUGAGGAAGCUGGUCUUCAUGGUGACGACGAAUUAUUUAGAACACUGAAAGAAAUUGCUCAAAAAAGUGCCUCAGAAAGACCAAUAGAUACAAAAACAAUAGAGAAAAACGAAAAAGAUAAACUGAAUUCCAAAGAGCGCAUCAGUAGAAUAGACCGCCGUUCAGAGAAGGAAGCACUUUUAUGCCGGGCCAACAGCCUCAAGCGAGCAAUACACGAGGUGGUGGAGAUGAGCGAAAAAGUAAUACCGUACGCACCACAGAAGCGCCUUUCCGUUCCUAUGAACACACUUAGAGCCACCGCUUCCUCAUCGGAUAAUUCAGCCAACACCUCACCGGCAACGUUGCCACCACCGCCCGGCAUGAUAUCGCCCUCGGUGUCCACAUCACGAUUGACCUGCAUCUCACCGCUGCCCGAUAUGCGGCGCGACUCGAUGGACGAACACUUCUUCAGCACCCUCAAUCUGCCCGUUCCGAAACAGUUUGCUGACGGUGGGAGUCGUCGCAGCUCCGGGGUGCCCGAGUCGUACCGGAUCUCCAGCAUCGAGGAGCUGGAAGAGAACAGCGUACACACGGAACCGAAGCUGGCCGAACCCAUCCUCGAGCCACCGUUGGAGGGUGAGUCCGAGCUGGCGACCGACAAUCAGGCCCGGGAUGCGGAUGAUACGUUGAACCAAAAAUCCACGACCACCACAACUUCCGACUCGCAGUCCACUACGGCACCGUACGACUUUUCGUUCGAGUCGGACACGAAGACGGUAAAGUUUGAUCUCGAUCCGAACAGUGCGUUCGAGCGGUUGGGCUUUAAGCCGUUCAAGAAAACCAUCGAACAGCAUCACCAGCAGCAGUUGGCCGUGCUGGGUAAUGGGCAGCAUCGUAGCGAAGGCGCAGGGUACCUGCAGUUUCAGCCUAUUGAGGUGUACGAGCGUAACUACUAUCGCGCUCAGGCCCAGCGCUUGGGUGCGCCGGGUUCGUCGAGCAAAGUCGGUCAGGCUGGUUCCGAGCCGACGGCCGCGAAACCUGGCUCUUCGUGCAACAACAUGCUGCAGGUGCCCACCAUCUGCAUUCCGAGUCUUGAGAAACCACCGGAAAACAUUUACUUUAGCGAAAACAUUACUAUCAUCGAUACGGACAUGCCGGAACGAUCGUCUUCCGAUGAGGUACCCGGCGAUGGAAGUGAUAUCCUAUCAGCAAUAAGCAACGAAGAAUGUAGCGUUACAUCCGAGAUACUCGAUAGACAAUCAGAUAACAACUCGCAGGUGCAUGUAGGUGAUAUUAUACAGGACUUAGACAACGAUCGCUUCAGCCAUAUCGAUUCGCCGGAAACGAGCGACACCACGGAAGCGUUACACGGCGAAAGCCUGAUGGAUGACAUAAGCUCGGUGUUGGGACAGGACCUACUCGGUGCACUGCAGGACAACACAAUCACCGAAGACACGACCACGCUCUGCACGCUCGACCAUACCAAGCGACGAAGCUUUAAGGCUAAGCAGCAGCGCAACGACACUGUUGAGCUGGAUCAGUGCGGUUUUGAAAACCGUGUGUUCGACAUCGACAAUCGAUGUGAUGAUCAAAAGGUUAAGGAACCUCGGUUCUGCAGCUUGGCCAAGUUCGUUGAGGGUAACGAUAUUGCGCGCAAAAGCUUCAAACGUCCGCACCGGGGCAUGCCGCGAACCAUCGGGACAGGAUUCACUAACCGGCUGUCGGUGGGUGAGAAUGAGUACGAAAACAUCAAGACAUUCACACGCAAUUUGCUCCCGAUACAUGGCUCACCGUCGGAUGUGUCCGUGUCCGAAACGGACACAGUUCGUUCGUCUGGUUUCGAGUAUAAAAAGCUCGUGUCCGUGGCUAACGCUGAAGAUGAAGACGAAAGCCUCCCGGACGAUGAUCUAGGUGAGCGAUCUUCGAGCGAAAAUGAUGAACCGCAGUGUAACACACAGGCCGAAGACGAUGAUGAUGAGGAGGAAGAGGAUGAAAAGGAUGAGCGGGAAGAUGGCCAAGAGCGUGGGGAGGAUGAUGAUGAUGGCGACAAAGAGCUAAUUGGCCACGAUGAGCACGAAAAGGACGAUCGAAGUGAGAAAAGCUUCCGGUUGACAUGCAUUCCGACGAUUAACGUGGUAGUGGAACCACCGUCACCAGCCAUUAGUGAUGAGUUGCGAUCACUAAGGGUGCCGGAGAUAAGACGCCACUCCGAGCAUACACCGAAUCUGCUGGCACCGCGUGAAAUCGACAUCAAUCGGCGCCACUCGAACAACAACCCGAAUCUGUUGGGUUUCGAUUCGGAACACAUACGCUUCCUGAACUGUUCGCCGGCAGCAUCGAGACGUAUCAGCAGUGGCAGCCUGCUGUUCAAACCGGAGGGUUUGGGUAGCUCCAAGAGCAACAUCUUCAGCUCCAACUUGGGACUGUUCAAUCUGGACAAGGACUCCGACACCAGGGAGGACAGGAAAAAGGAGGAAAAGGAAGAGAAGGUGAAGAAGCUGCCGAUUAUCAACCCUCUCGUUCGAUUGCCGUCUUGGCCAAAUGUAAGCACUGGAACCGGGUUUAUAUCGAAGUGUUUGCUGGCCAAUGCUGACACGCUGUGUGCCGCCGUAAGCCCACUGAUGGAUCCGGAUGAAACCCUGCUCGAAGGAUACUACGAAAAGGCGGUUAUGAACAACUACUUCGGCAUCGGUAUCGAUGCAAAGAUUUCGCUCGACUUCCACAACAAGCGCGAGGAACAUCCGGAGAAGUGUCGAUCCCGGGCCAAGAACUACAUGUGGUACGGUGUGCUCGGGUCGAAGCAGUGGUUGCAGAAAACGUACAAGAACCUCGAACAGAAGGUACAGCUCGAGUGCGACGGACAACGCAUCCCGCUGCCCUCGCUGCAGGGCAUCGUGGUACUGAACAUUCCCAGCUUUAUGGGCGGAACCAACUUCUGGGGCAGCAAGAAGGAGGACGACUGCUUCCUGGCCCAAAGCUUCGAUGAUCGCAUACUGGAGGUGGUGGCAGUGUUCGGAUCGGUACAGAUGGCCGCCUCGCGGCUCAUCAACCUGCAGCAUCACCGGAUAGCGCAGUGCCAGAGCGUGCAGAUAAACAUUCUUGGUGAAGAAUGUGUUCCGAUACAGGUGGACGGAGAGGCUUGGCUGCAGCCGCCCGGCAUGAUACGGAUCAUACACAAGAACCGUGUGCAGAUGCUGUGCCGCAACCGGGGCCUUGAGGUGUCGCUGAAGAGCUGGCAGGAGAAGCAACGGCAGCACAGCAUCAGCAUCGCCCGGGAGCAACCUUCGACCGCGUCCGAGCAUCACAUCGCGCCCGCCGAGGACAUGUUUUCGGAGCGUGAAACCUAUCUGCUGCUGAACUUUAUCGAGUGUGUCAGCACGCUGGUCAAGUGGGUGAAGUUUCUCAUCAUAUCACACCCUUCGCUGCAGCCGAACCUGUACGUGGUGGCUUCGAAGACGGCCGACGCGCUCGAGUCCAUCCAUCCGGGUGGUAAAAUCAUCGAGGGACCAAACCUUCGUCGGCAGCUGACACAGUUGGUCCGCUGCGCUAGACAGUUGUACGAGGACACGUGCGAGCUGUUGCGUGAGCGCAGCCACAGCCUAAUACUUCGCGAAGAUCUGGAAACGAAGCUUAGUGUAUCGCUGGCAAACAUGGAGAUGGAGCUGGGUAAGUGCACCAUGCAGCAAUCGUCCGAAACCGGUGAAACCAGAGUGUAUCUGAACGUGUUGGCACCGAACGAAGAGAUUGAUCAUCGCAAAAAGCAAAAACCGUUCUGGUUGCGGUUCCGCAGCGGCCACAGCUCUCAUCACGGUCCGGCAGCAACCGGAACCGUACCGAAGGCGGCAACCACAUCACGCGAGACGGUCAGUAACUGGGGUGUGGGUGAGGUCGUUACAUGGCUGGAAGCGAUGCAACUGGCCGAGUACGUGGACAGCUUCAUCAAGAACGAUAUCCGUGGCAAGGAGCUACUAACAUUGGCGCGCCGUGAUUUGAAGGAUCUGGGCGUUACAAAAGUCGGACACGUGAAGCGUAUUCUGCAAGCAAUCAAAGACCUAGGAACGGGGUAGAUGUGUCCUCAGGGCGAUGUAAUGUCGCCAACGACCGAGGGAGAACACAUACAACUGUAGCCCUCUGUAAGCUAUGAAAAACAAAUACCACAGCAUAAAAUCCACCAUUCAUGAGAAUGUUCUGACGAAAGAUCGAUCUCAGCCUCUACGGACGAUGGAACGGUGGAAAAAUAUAUCUAACAGGAAAUGUAAGAGACAUAACUAAAACUUCGAUAAAAGCAACUAAAAGACUUUGUUAUCUGUCGUACUUAGUAGCAACAAACAAAAACAAACAAAAAAUACGCAUCGUAACCUAACGUAAGGUGUAGUAAAGGUGAAGUAGCUGCUAGGGACCGUCUGAAGCGGCAGCUGCAGGUGUUGUUUUGUAACCCUUCCCAACUGAUGAUUAUUAUAGCAAUAGGCAGUAAAUAGUUGCGGCCUUUGAUUCAUCCCCCCCUUUCUUCCUUGUUGGGCCACGGGGACAUCUCUAUCAGCAGCAGCUAUUGCGAUAGUGUAAGUGACGUGAAGGCGAGGCAAAGCAACUCGAUAAUGGAACCGUAUGAAACAUAUUCAGACUAUAAGAUAUGCGUUAUGCAUCAUGCAUUAUUAUACAUCGUAUAGUUUAUUACCGUAAUGUACUAUGUGGGCUGUUGAUUGUGUGUGUUUUAGUUUCCUCCCUUUGAUCGUUGCUUGGCCGUGUGCGAGAGAUCGGUCUACUGAUGGCCGACGUGACAAGAUGUGCAGUGCGCAUCGUAAGGCUCGGUUUGGAAAGCUAAGCCUCACCCCGAUGAGGAUCGAUGAAAAGUGUUUCCUCUAUAACAUCUACCAAUGUUACUGUAAUGUUACUACAAAAAAACAACACAAAUCGUGGUUGGAAAUGCCCUUAUUUUCACAACCAAAAAAACCACACACACACAAAGUACGAGCUGACGCUCGUCUUAAUCUCUCUUGUGUUCCUGUUUAGUACUGUUGAAUGUUUACUAUGUACGUAUUAAGUGUGUGUGUGUGUAAAGGCGCGUGUUAGUAUGUGAUGAAGCAAAUCUAAAGUAAAACACUAUCGAUAACGUUACAUUUAAAGUACUAGCCGAGUAAGGGGCUUAAGUUAACGGUAUCAAAACAAACUAAGCACAAAAAUCACAUGGAACCACAGUCAGAACCCAGCCAGAAAAAAUGGGGGGGGAAGGGGGGUGUGCUCUACAGUGUUAUCUCAUCGAAUCGCAAAACAAAGCAGAUCAGUGCAAGCUACUUAUACACUUUACAUGAGUAAAUAUAUAGACCCGUAAGGAUAUACUAUAACUCUUAUACAAAUAAUAGAAUAUACAUAUACAAUUAGAUGGUAACCUUUACCCCGUAAGAAAGCGAUUCUCCGACUAAGAUGCGCGAGAAGGUGCAAUUGUACAAUUUGGAUACGAUACUGAAAUCUUCAACCAUAGCCGAACGGCGCCUCAAGGGCGCCGUGUUAAAAAUCUAUGCAAUUACAGUCGCGUAACGAAACGAAAAACCAUGUCUAAAAACGGUCCCAUCAACUAAAGAUUUCGAAUCAAUUUAUCAAAAAAGAAGGGUAACCGAAGUUGAGAUCAGAUUUUAAUAGGAAGGAUCGUCGCUUGUUCGUGCGCGCAUCAUGGUUCAAUUUUUGAGUAGUUUGAGACGUUACAGCAUACAUAUAUAUACUUAAAGAGUUUUCAUACCUUAUUCGUUUGAUAGAAGUUGCAAAAUGGAGACAUGGAACAAACAUGGAAAGGCUAAGAAAUGAAACCGUGCUAUCAAGAACAGUAUAGAUCUCAAUUGAAACAAAAAUACGCUUUCCGCAAUCGGGAUGUUUUCCAUUCGAAAGACAAUCGUAGUAUGUGUAGUUGAAACAGUAAACUAAACCUUUAAAUUGAUAAGAAAACCUUAACAAGAACACGCUAAACAAAGUGUCACAAAAAAAAAAACAAACAACCAUCGACAUCUUCGUACACUUCGCCACAACUUUAAAAGGGGCAAAUUAAAAAGCAAAAUUAAUACCUUUACUAACUUAGCGUAGCGUAGUGUAGCUGAGACAUUGUCAUUAGGGGCGUUCGAGUGCGGGACUCGUGUAAGGCAACACAGGUGGUGUUAGGUGCCAGAGAGAUGAUCUUCUAUUUGUAGGAGUUUUCUGUUAUGUUUCCCAAAACGAAAUGUGUGUGUUUGUGUAACUGUAAGUGUAUUAGUGUGAGUGUAGCCUGCGAGGCUCAAAACCAACGGUAAUGGACGCCUUUUUUUCUAGACUUUUAUCAUCAAUCUCAGCUCCAAGAGAUUUUCAAAAGACUUCCCCAUCUGUUGGAAACUAAGCUCUGUCUUUAUGUAAUUAAGUCAUUAAAACAUUAAAAUCAGCAUUACCCAGUGGAACAGAGGAAACGAGCGCGGACGAACGUAUCACGCCGAUGAUGCCUAGAAGCGGAAGAAGCGAUAUUAAAAACCCGGAUGCCUAACGGAUGCGACGGAUGUUUCAAUUAUAAGCAAAGUUUAUGACUCACAAGAAAAAGUAACAUUUAAUAAUCGAUCUUCUAAACCAAAGGGAGGGGGAAAAAUAGGAACUUAAAAAGCAAAACUCUUACCAGAUAUGUUGGCGAAUGUGUUAGAAAAAAAGUGGAAACAGAUUAGAUGUUGAUCAUUGACUGUUUCGCAGAAUAAGUGUUGGUGUAGUAUAUCUCUGGUAGUGAUAUGGAUAGAUGCACCCACAAACAAAAAAAUCAUUUAAUAUAACUUAACCUAUCUUUAGUAAGCGAAGAAGACGAACCCAUGCAUCCGGAUUUCGACCACCGACAAACUGAGCGAGUGUUUUUUUGCCAACAACAAAACAAGUUGUUUAAAUUUGCCUAAGUUUCACCGUACGAUAGUGUAACAGUGUUGUCCGGGAUGUGAAGGGGGGGGAUGAACUAAACAAGCAAAGAACAAUCAUGUGGCGUGCUGCGAAAAACCGAAAAGGCUCCAAAUAUUGGUUCCAUUCCUUUAGGCUAGUUAAGUUAUUCGACUAUCAUUUUGAAUCAGAAAACCACACAGCAAUAGAGACGCUUCGUCUGGAUGAUGAGUGGAUGAGCGUACGGUCAAAAGCGCAUCAAUGGCGCGCAGUAUACAAAAAACGCAGUUAAAUAAUUAUUUCGUUGCGAUCACAGAACUCACAAGCAACGAGCUUUGUGUAGUGACCGACCGACAUUACACCAAAGAGGCCAACAAAGUUUACCAUUUAGACACAUAGCGCAAGCAAUACGCAACUAUGUACUACUGCAGCAACAGUAGUACAACCAAUCGAGAGAGCAAUAUCGCGAUAAUUUCAAUGCAAUCGGCAAUCUUUUGUGUGCAAUUUUGAUUUUCCUUUGCCAAAGCUUUAUGUCCCAUCGAAUCAGACUAGCGCCUGGCUAUGGGGAUCACGUUCCGAAUGUUUUGUGUGUCGCUCGCACCGUUACUGUUUGUGUAACUGAAGUAUGGAAGUUCGAGUGGCAGCGUGCAACGGUACGCAUUAGCUUACAUUAGUAUAAACCUUGCAAAAAAAAUUGUAACCUUGCCCUGGAGGCAUUAAUUGUAUCAUUGUAGCUGUAAACGGUAAAACAAUCUAUUGGAUAUGGUGCAUUGGUUCGCGGGAAAUUAGUGUAGCAAGAGAGAAGAUUGGAA